UUCCGGGUGAGGCGUAGGACGUGCGGUGUAGCGGAUUCAAGGCCUCUCUCUUGCGUUCGGUGGUUACGGGCUUUAUCGAGGUUUCCUUUCUCUGCGGGUGAAGCCGAACUCUCCCAGGACCGUUGCCAUGGCGAUGCAAGCGGCGAAACGCGCGAAUAUCCGUCUACCGCCUGAAGUCAACCGAAUUUUGUAUAUCAGAAAUCUACCAUAUAAAAUCACAGCUGAAGAAAUGUAUGACAUUUUUGGAAAAUAUGGACCUAUUCGACAAAUCAGAGUAGGAAAUACUCCUGAGACAAGGGGAACAGCCUAUGUAGUCUAUGAAGAUAUCUUUGAUGCCAAAAAUGCUUGUGAUCAUCUGUCAGGAUUCAAUGUGUGCAACAGAUACCUUGUCGUUUUAUACUACAAUGCAAACAGGGCGUUCCAAAAAAUGGAUACAAAGAAAAAAGAAGAACAGCUCAAACUUCUGAAGGAGAAAUAUGGAAUAAACACAGAUCCACCAAAAUAAAAAUUUUCCUAAAGUGCUGGUUGUUUUGGAUUUUUUAAAAACAUCAGUGUUUCUAGGCCAAAUGUCACCCCAAAUACGGACACCUGCUAUAUGAAGCAUUGGUAAUUUUAGUUCAUUUGAUUACAUAACCACCAUGAUUAUUCUCAUUCUCACCUUUGGAAGGAUUCAUCAUUGCUGUAUGAUAAUGGCUGGCACUUGGACAGUAAAAUUAGCCAAGGCACUGCGAUAACAUUAAUUUUUUCCACAGUUGAGAGACCACGUUAAUAUCUUUUAACCAUUAGUUAGGAGAAUAUGUAAAAUCUUCUGAGGGAUCAGUGUCAUAUUUAAUUUAUAAAGGAGAAGUGUGCAUAUUUUAAAAUGUAUUUGGGUAUCUGACUUCCUAAGUGUAGCCCAUAUUGUCUCCUCUGAAUAAUAUGUUGAAAAAAGCUGUCAGUGUACUUUCAGCAUUGUCAGCAUUUUUCAGGGCUGUAGGAAGAGAGGUGAGGAAGUGAGAAAUCCUUGAAGUUUAACUUGCAUGUACUCUUAGACAGUAAUGUCAAUUUACGGUUGUCAUGUCCCAAGUGGUUCAGGACUGUUGUGUCUUUGAGAGUUCCUUUGCUGAACUGCAGAGAUCCACUUUUGUGCCCCCUUCUUCUAUUGUAAUGUGUUGCACCCAGAAUAUGACAGGAUUUGAAAAAAAACCAGCCUCCUUGAUCACAUGAGCUGCUUCAAAAAACAAAAGGAGUUUGGGGUUCUUCAGACAUGAGUCUGCAUGCAACACCAAUUUUUGUUAAAAUGUAUACAACUUUUUAGUUUUGCUAUUGUACUGCUUAUGUUUUGUAAAUGAGGGAUAACACUUUUGUAGUCAGAUCCAGUAGAGUUUAAAGGUUUGCUUAACUCCCUUGUAUUCCACCUUUAUUUUUUAGAAAUAAAGUUUUUUUAAUAUUAAAGUGUGCUUAUUGGGUCUUUAAGA